AUGAAUAACCCAAUCUCCCUGACCCCCACCUUCACUUUGGUGGAGAGCUCCUUCAGUUAUCUGGAGAUCUAUGCCAUCAUCAUCGAGAGUAUCGAGCAGGUGGUUAUUGAGACUGUGGUCACUUAUGUCACCGUCUCACUCAAGAAGAUCUUCCCUGAUUCAUCCCCAGGUCAGUUGGCUUUAGCAGUCAGUGCUCUGUCCUUUAACCAGUGGUUCACCAAGAUAUGCAGCAAGGACUUCAAACUGACACCUAAUGUGCAGCAGCAGGUCAUUUAUAUGAUCAGCAGGUCCUCUGCUCUGGAGGAGGUCAUUCUGGAGGCCAGUGGACUCAAAAUGAUUUUUUUUGUUAAGAUGGCCAGCGCUCUUCGGGACCAUUCAGCCUCUGCUCUCCAUAUCAUCAACUUGUCUGUCAGUGCAAUAGAGGACAAAGGUGUGGUUGCUCUCAGUCAGAGUUUGGGCAAAUUGCCCCGUGGCCUCAGUCAGCUUUUCCUCUCCAAGGUCUCCAUGUCCCCGAAAGGCCUAGGGUCUCUGGUUCAGGUUCUUUAUCAGAAUACAUCUCUGUGCAACACCCUGACCCACCUCGACCUGAGGGGAAACAUCGGCUGCCUGGGCACAGAAGAGGCUGUAGUGAGUUUGAGGUUCCUGACUGCUCCCAAUGCAGUUUCACACCUUGACCUCAGCUUUACAGACUGCCCCUAAGACACAAUGUUUGUGUCUCUUUCUGUGGGCUGCUGCACUACUCUGAGCUACCUCAACCUCUCCAGGAACACUUUUUCCCAUAAAAAAGCACAAAAGGUCACCAGCAGUUUGUUGGAUUUCUUCAGUAAGAGCACUGCUUUGAAAUAUGUGGGACUGGCUGGAACUAAACUACCUCCAGAGGCUUUCAGAUUGUUGCUACAAGGCCUGGCCACCAACACUCAACUUUCUGACCUGGAGCUCGAUAUCAGCUGCUGUGAGCUGAGGUCGGCUGGAGCUCAGGUGAUUCAAGAACACAUCUUUGAGGCCAAGGCCAUCUGCAGUCUAGAUCUGUCUGACAAUGGUUUUGAGAGCAAUAUGGUUACUCUAAUUCUCUCCCUUGGUCGCAGUCAAUCUAUUCGACACCUCUCAAUCGGACGCAACUUCGCCAUGAAGUCUAGAGCUCUUACAGAUGUACUACAAUGCCUUGUACAGCUAAUUCAUGAGGAGGAGUGUCCAUUGGAGUCUCUCUCUGUGUGCGACUCAAAAUUGAAGACUGGCACCACCAUCCUCAUCAACAGUCUGGGGAGUAACGCCAGUCUGUCUAAGAUUGAUAUCAGUGGCAACUUUAUUGGUGACAUGGGUGCUAAGAUGUUAGCAAAGGCCCUCAUGAUCAACACCAAGCUAAAAACACUGGUUUGGGACAGAAACAAUGUGACUGCCGGUGGGUUUACUGAGGUAGCCAAUGCCUUGGAAAAGAACAUGACACUACAGAACAUGACGAUUCCAAUAAGUGAUGUUUUACAAGCCUAUCGAAUCAACCCUGAGAGGACCGAGGCGGCUUUACAGAGAGUAAGCUUGUUUACUAAGGAACAUCAAAGACGGUGUGAUGCGGGUGAGGAAAUGUGUCAUUUGCAGCAUGGAAUUAAGGCAACGUGCUCUGAACAGUUAGUGCAGGAUCUCUGCAAAAAACUAGAGGAAAGUGUGCACACUCUAACCUGCUAUAAUAUACAGGAGGUGCAGUUGGACAUCCUGCUUGUAGAGGAAGCACUCCAGCAUGCAAAGACAGCAGUUAGUUCUUUUGCAGGGCUCCAUGAGUUGGGGAGGGCGCCCUCUAGUGGUUACAUGUUAAAAUACAUUCUUAACGACACUGCUAAAGCCAUCAGGAGUGGGAUCACUGGGCAGAUCCAGGAACUGGCAACGGCAGUGCUGCAGUCUGCCCAGUCGACCUGCCCCAAAGUUGUCCAGAGGUCAAGUGUCAGCGAACAGCUGGCAGAUAGCGUGGCCAAGAAAACCCGUCAGGCGGCACACUUUAUUCAGAACACCAUGCAAGAGGCAGAGAAGAGCAUCAGGAACAAACUCAGUGAACUGAAACUGUCCAUCAGCGUGUCUCUGGUGGAAAGUAUAAUUGAUGAAGUUCUCCGGGACUUGUCAGUGGCUCAGGAAAAACUGGACAAGCACAUGAGGGACACUCACCUCAGAGUGAUGGAGCAUGAAUUCCACACAGAUGAUUACAUCCCCGUCAUCUGGAGAAGCAGCUUCCACUCGUGUGGCAUCCGUCCCGCCCCCUCCAUCAAAAGUUUGUUAGAUGUGGAAGGCGAACAGCAGGCGCGUGCGGCUACACAUCCCCAGCAGGACGUAGAGGAGCAAGGAGGGGGAGGGCCUCAGGUCUCCAGGGUAGGAACGGAGGAGAGGAGGCGGGCCCUGUCAUUGUCAUUGGCGAAGGGGCUGUCAGUCAUGUCGGCAGGGCAGCUGAAGCCAGGAAGCCCCUCCUACCGAGGGAGAGAGGCGGAUGCUGUUGCUGUUCCCACUGCUGCUGCUGCCGCUCUUAGCAACAGAGAGCCCCGGUGCUCGGAGCCCGCACCUCCUCAGCCCCCUAUGGACCUGCCCAUCGAAGGCCACACACUGAGGCACUACACCCGCUCCAGGCCCCGACCCAACCGCCAGAACAGGCAGCCUCCCAGCAAGCAGCAGGAGCAGGCUGCUGAGAGCGAGAAUGAAGCCAAUGAGAACAUGGGGAGGGUUGAUGAAGGUGUAGAAGAGUUCUUCACCAAAAAGAUCAUACCCGAUGACCCCCUAAAGCACCAGAGGGAGGAGCCCCUCAUUAAAGCACAACCUGCAGAGCCCACGUGUGUCACAACUGCCACACCCACCACCUCCACUACAACCCCCAUCCCCACCACAGCCCCCUCCAAAAACAUCAAGAAGAAGUUUGGUGACUUCUUCGCCUUUAAGAAAGUCCGUGCAGGUCGAGGGGCCAAGGGCGAGGGUGGCCCCGAGGGUAAAGUCAAAAAGACUUCAAUAGCAGAUCUCAUACGACCACUCCGGGAGGCAGCACGAGCAGAGAAAGAGAGGGAAAAGGAAAGGGAAAGAGAAAAAGAGAGAGAACGAGAGAAGGAAAAAGAGAAGGAGAGGGAGAAAGAGAAAUUGGAAAAGGAAAAUGUGGUCAAGGCAGUCACAACAACAGCCAGCACUACUAUACUCACAAUAACAGAUUCCACAACUGCACCUGUUAAUGAAGACAAAAUGUCUCCCAAAGCUCCUUCACCUGUCCCCACACCUGCACUGACCCCACCUGCAUCCACUCCCACACCUCCUGCCACCUCCCCAGGCAAAACUGAAGAGGCCCCAGCACUGCCCCUUGCUGCACCUCAUAUCCCCACCAAAACCCCCAGCCCAGUCCCAGUUGUGUCACCCUCAGAGCGGGAGAAAAGCCGAACCCUGGAGAAAAGCCGCACCCCAGAUGGAGAACGGAGGCCCAAACCCAUCCGUCGCUCUCUUAGAGAGGGCAAAUCACAGUCCCUCAUCCUGCUCUCCGAUGUCUUGCCAGAGCAAGACGGCACGGCCACACAUGCUAAGAAACAUGCAUCAGAGAGCUCGUCCAGCUUUGAACAGCGUCUCCAUGUAAUGCUUCACCGCAUGGGAGUCACCAAAACAUCUCCUACUGACUCCAAACAGAGUCAGAGCAAGGAUGAGGAGCUGAGAAAAGCCAAUUCUGAGGGGGCAAUACUUGACAAACCUGAGCCACCACCCACAUUUAUGAAACCCCGCACAAUGUCCACCUCAUCAGACACAAGGCGACCAACCCGAGUGACCCAGAGUGUUCUGGAGUUCCACCGUACAGAAAGGCUGUUACUCCCAGAGCGUCCUACAGGCCCAUUGCCCCCUAAACCGGCCAUCAAGCCCGUUCUUCUUCCUGCUAGUGAGGCAGCCUGGGCAGCCACACCCACUCCCAAGCUACCCAGCCCAUCUCAGGAUGGUCAGGAAGAGGCACCAGAAACCAUCUCGAUCUCACAGCCUCAGCAGAAGGAGCCCCCAACCCCAUCUUCACGGAAAGAGACCCCCCCAGCCCCCUCGCCACGGAGAAGUCUCAGCACGGACGUCAGGGAGCGUGCAGAGAGAGCACAAUCUGUCACUGAAGAGACCCUCCCUAUACCGCGGCCCCGCAUGAAGCCCUCUCCUCAACGCCGUGCCGUGUCUGUCCACGAGGAUUAUCUCCAGCAACACGCCGCAAUCCUUGACCCUGAGGAGCUGAAGGCUGCAUUGCCAAGAUGGCAGAGGUCACCUGGUCGGAAGCAAGUGAACCUGGGGGAACUGACGCCCUGCUCAGAGGAUUUACCAGAGGGUGAGGAAGCAAAAUCUGUGGAGAGGGACGAGAACACUGAACAGACCCAUGAGAAGGACAGCACAACAGUCACAGACAGCCAAUCAGAGCAGAGCCCAUCUGAGCUCAGUGAGCAAGUGACCAACCAGGAGAGGGGGGAGACAGUCUCAGAGCAGCACACAACACAGGGAGAAACAUCAGACCAAAGAACUGAAUCCCUCUCACCUGAGACACACAUGGACUGACCCCGCGCAAAUCUAUUUUCUAUCAUGUGUACCUUUGCCUUGCACGCCAGAUUAUGUACAAAAGAAUUAAUUAUGAACAAAUGCGUUUAAAAAAAAAAAAAAAAAAAAGAGAGAGUAAAACAAUACCUAUACUUGUUAAUAAUUAUUAAAAAGUUAAUUCUGUUGUGUCA